CCCUCUCAAUCUCUCGAGUCUUGACUCUCCACACUUCCGUCUCCACUCUCCAGGCUCCUCUCAAUCUAAUUUUACCCUAGUGUCUAGUGGUGCCCGAUCUGAUUUUGCUCUCGGUUUCUCAUCAUUCCAGGAUGCAAUUUUGCUAAUAAUUGAUCAAGAAAAGGUCUGAUCUUAUUACUAUCACAAGAGAAAGACAACAAGCUUUGAAGGUUUGCAUUACUACAUUUGGUUUCCAGAAUCUGAACCUGGGUAGCAAUGGAGACAAAGAAGAAAAAGGGUUUGGUUAUUGAAGGGUACCCGAUUGAAGGUUUGUCGAUAGCAGGGCAUGAGACUUGUGUGAUUCUCCCCUCUCUCAACUUGGCUUUCGACAUUGGAAAGUGCCCUCAACGAGCCAUCUCUCAACAAUUCCUCUUCAUAUCUCAUGGUCACAUGGAUCACAUUGUUUUCCUGAUUCAUGUGUUUUCAAAGUCUUCUUUAAAGGGAGGAUUGCCUAUGUAUGUUGCAACUCGUGGUUUAUACAGAAUGGCUCCACCAACUAUUAUUGUACCAACAAUCAUUAAAGAAAGUGUUGAAAAGAUAUUUGAAGCACACCGGACAAUGGACCAAUCAGAGCUGAAGCAUACUUUGAUUGGAUUGGAUGUUGGGGAAGAAUUCUACUUGAGAAAAGAUUUGAAAGUAAAAGCAUUUAAGACAUAUCAUGUCAUACCAAGUCAGGGUUAUGUAAUUUAUUCUGUGAAACAGAAGCUUAAGCCCCAGUAUGUCGGUUUGCCAGGGGACGAAAUCAAGAAGUUGAAGUUCUCAGGUGUGGAGAUAACGUACACGACAACAUCACCUGAAGUAGCUUUUACUGGAGACACUACAUCUGACUUCAUUGUUGAUACGAAUAAUGCUGAUGUAUUGAAGGCAAAGAUUCUCAUUAUGGAGAGCACGUACGUGGAGAAUACAAUGACAGUGGAGAAUGCAAGAGACUACGGACACACACAUUUGUCCGAGAUAAUCAAUUAUUCAAGCAGAUUUGAGAAUAAAGCAAUUCUGUUGAUCCACUUUUCAGCUCGGUAUCAGUUGGAUGUGAUUCAAGAAGCCCUUUCUGCACUGCACCCACCUUUGGCAGGCCGUGUUUUCGCACUAACAGAAGGCUUCUAGGAUGGAUGGUUAAUGUUCAAAGGAACACAAAGUUCUUGUAGUUUUAGUUUCAGUUCAUCCUUCCCCCCCUUUUUAAUAUUGUUCUGUUAUAUCUACGCAACUCAUGCUUUACUUUGAUUUGAUAGUUCGACAAGUCUUUUUGAUGGAUAUGGUAGCUUCAACAGCUUGGUAUU